UUGAAGGUUAUUCAAGAAGAUAAAUCCUGAGAGCGGCGAUGCCAAAUCUUACGAAUAUGACAUGUCCAAAAUCAGAAAAAGACCAGGUUUUUGUUGCCGUGUAUUCAGUGGUUUUCAUUUUUGGACUAAUUCUCAACCUGACUGCACUUGUGGUUUUUUUCCGUAACUCUAAAUCCCGCUCGCACACCACAGUGUACAUGAUUCACCUGGCCUUUGCUGAUAUUAUUCUGGUUUGUACACUUCCUGUGCGGAUCUAUUACCAUGGGGGGUUGGGGGUUCCAAGUUCAAAAAUCUGUGAAUUUGCUGGUGUCAUACUGCUAAGUAACAUGUACAGCAGCAUCUUACUCCUCACGUGCAUUAGCUUUGACCGUUGCGUAGCCGUCUGCUUCCCGAUGUCUUCUCGUGUCCGUGAGGGCCGCAAGAAAGCAUGGUGCGUGUGUCUGGGAAUCUGGAUACUUACUAUCACAACAAGCUUACUGAUCUACUUUCAAGAGAAGCUAAACAAUAAUGGAAAAAACCAUCAAGAAAAUAAACAAAACAUCACAUGUUUUAGUGGUUUUCCUAGAAUUUCGACUCAAAAACCUGCUCUCGCUUCCACUCUAAUUGUCGGGUUUGGGAUCCCACUAACUGUAAUGAUUGUCAGCUCAUGGGCGCUCAUCCGAGCUAUAAGUAAAAGCACAGCUGUCCAGACUAGCAACCUAGUAGACAGCGGAAAGAUUAAAAGGAUGAUAAUAACAAACUUGGCCAUCUUUCUGUUCUGUUUUCUGCCAUAUCACGUUAUGCUCGUGCUACUUGAUGACUAUAAAGAUAAUUGCUCACUGUUUAAAGCCUACCAGUAUAGCCUCAUGAUAGCCUGCCUGAAUGCAAUGCUGGACCCCAUGGCAUACUACUUCACAACAGAGACGUUUCGGAAAAAAAAGGACAUCAAAGCUGUAUACAAAAAUGGUAACUGAACAGACACAGC